CCUAGUAUAACACACCUGUCUGUGGACGUGGAUCAGGCACCAUGAUGCAGUAGCAAGCACAGGCCGGGCACGAGGGAGCCUGGCCACAGAAGGAUGAACGGAGAGGAAGAGUUCUUUGAUGCCGUCACAGGCUUUGAUUCUGAUAACUCUUCUGGGGAAUUUUCAGAGGCAAAUCAGAAGGUCACAGGAAUGAUUGACUUGGACACCAGCAAAAGUAUCAGGGUCGGGAAGCUUGGGGAGAGGCCCUCUCGGGAGAAUGGCGUUCAGAAGCACAGGACAUCACUACCGGCCCCCAUGUUCACCAGAAGUGACUUCAGCGUGUGGACCAUCCUGAAGAAGUGUGUUGGCCUGGAGCUGUCUAAGAUCACCAUGCCCAUUGCCUUCAACGAGCCCCUGAGCUUCCUGCAGCGCAUUACGGAGUACAUGGAGCAUGUGUACCUCAUCCGCAGGGCCUGCCGCCAACCCCAGCCUCUGGAGAGGAUGCAGUCUGUAGCUGCUUUUGCCGUGUCGGCCGUGGCCUCGCAGUGGGAGCGGACUGGCAAGCCAUUCAACCCCCUCCUGGGAGAGACGUACGAGCUGGUCAGGGAGGACUUAGGAUUCAGAUUCAUAUCUGAGCAGGUCAGCCACCACCCGCCCAUCAGUGCAUUUUACUCUGAAGGCCUCAGCCAGGACUUCCUGUUCCAUGGCUCCAUCUACCCAAAGCUGAAGUUCUGGGGGAAGAGUGUAGAAGCUGAGCCGCGUGGGACCAUCACGCUGGAGCUGCUCACGCAUAACGAGGCCUACACCUGGACCAACCCUACAUGCUGUGUGCACAAUGUCAUCCUUGGGAAGCUGUGGAUAGAGCAGUAUGGUGCCGUGGAGAUCCUGAACCACAGAACCGGACAUAAGUGUGUGCUUAACUUCAAGCCGUGCGGAUUGUUUGGAAAAGAGCUUCACAAAGUGGAAGGGCACAUUCAGGACAAAAGCAAAAAGAAGCUCUUUAUAAUCUAUGGCAAGUGGACGGAGUGUCUGUGGGGUAUAGACCCUGUAUCCUACGAAGCCUUCAAGAAGCAGGAGCGGAGAGGCCAUCACCCGAGGAAGGCAACACAGGACAGCAGCACCGAGCCGGCCAACAGUGACGUGGCUGAUGACGUGCCUGAGGCCCAGGAGACCGUGCAGGUUGUCCCAGGCAGCAAGCUGCUGUGGAGGAUCAACACCCGGCCCCCCAACUCCGCCCAGAUCUGGCCAGCCAGGAGAAGGAGCGGCUGGAGGAGAAGCAGAGGGAGGCCCGCAGGGAGCGUGCCAAGGAGGCAGCUGAGUGGCAGACCAGGUGGUUUUACCCAGGCAACAACCCCUACACGGGGACUCCCGACUGGUUGUAUGCAGGGGAUUACUUUGAGCGGGAUUUCUCUGGCUGCCCAGACAUCUACUAAAGAUAAGGGGCCCAGGGUGCAGAGGCCGCGAGGCUGGACUCCUUGCAUGGCUGUCUGAGCACUGGUACAGCAGAAGCUGCAUUCUGAUGCCUGUCCGUGGUGGUCCUGUGGCCCUGUGGUUGCCCAACUUCCUUGUGGACUGCUGGUGCCAAGCAUCUCCCUCUGCUGCGUGGCCUCACGCACACCCACCUGGGGGCGCCUCCCGAGGCCCCUCCCGACACCCCUUAUGUGACAGAAACUGCUGGACUUUUCUGCUUGCAGCACCCUCUUCAUGGUAGAAUUUGUAAGUAAAGAAUUAGUGGGAAGGGUCUAUGUCUCCUCUGAUGCAGCGACCGAGGGUUCUGAGUAUCUUCACUUUGGGCCAGCAGGGAAGAGGUGGUCUCAGAAAUAGCCCUGGGACUCUGAGGCCAGGGCCGCUUUCCAGCCCACGGCGGUAUGGAGGGAAGGCUCUUGGCACGUCAGGUGCAGUGGAUGAAAAGCUGUCAGAUUCUGUAUUUUUUACCAAUCUUCAAUAAUGUAAAGGUGACUUUUAAAAUAUUUAAGUUAAAACUACGUGAGUAUUAUUUUGCUAAAGAGCAAGAUAUGCAUUAAUCGCCAGUUGUAUAUGGUCCAAAAUGAAGUAUCACAUGACAGCCCAGGGUGAGCACAAGCAGUAAGUUGGACAAGGAGGCCCCCUCUGGCCUGUGUGCCCUUGUCCCCAAGGCCUCCCUGUCACUUGCACCAUGCCCACGUCUCAAGGGGGCCGCUUCCUAACACGCGGCCUGCUCCCAUCACACUCUUGUGUUUUGUUUUUCCGGCAUGCAUGUUUACUGUGUCAGCCCAUCACACCUGGUUGUGUGCUGUGGGAGGGUCAGAGGCAGAAUCUACUCCCAGUGGUGGAAUUAAAGUUAUUUAACCAAAAA